GGACACCGGCCCAGGCUCCUCCCGCCUCCCCCCUCCCCCGCGCGUACUAAGGCUCCCGCCCGCCGCGCUCCGCUCACUGGCCGAGGGUCCCCGCCAGCCGAGCGUCCCGCCGCGCCUCGCGCCAAGGUUUCAACAGACCUCACCAAGAUGCCAUCUCAAAUGGAACAUGCCAUGGAAACCAUGAUGUUCACGUUUCACAAGUUUGCUGGGGAUAAAGGAUACUUGACAAAGGAAGACCUGAGAGUACUCAUGGAAAAGGAAUUCCCAGGAUUUUUGGAAAAUCAAAAAGACCCUCUGGCCGUGGACAAAAUAAUGAAGGACCUCGACCAGUGCCGAGAUGGCAAAGUGGGCUUCCAGAGCUUCUUUUCACUAAUUGCUGGGCUCACCAUUGCAUGCAAUGACUAUUUUGUAAUACACAUGAAGCAGAAGGGCAAGAAAUAGGCACCAUUGAGCAACACUCCGCCCGGAGUGAGGUGUCCCAAAGGGUCUCAAGGAAUCUGUCCCACAGCUUCCCCCUGUAUAAAGGAUUCCAUGAGCAGAUCAGGACCCUCAGAAAAUGUACAAAUAAAAUCCAACCCCCAUUUGAGAAGCAGAGAAAGAAAAGUCUGUAAAAGAAAGCCAGAUAAGCUUUUGAUUUUUAUAUUGCUUAUUGCAUCCUCUUACCCUCAAUAAACAAAUUUCUUUUUUAGUUCCUCACUUGA